AUGGAGCAAGUCAGCCCCUACCUCACGGCGACCAACCUCGUUGGGACGCUGUUGGUGCGACUGUUCUCGCCCAUCCAGCGCCUCCCCGGUUCCCUCCUCCACAAAUUCACAUCGCUGCCGCUGAAAAUCGCCAUCGCGCGCGGCGAGAGCCACUACUUCACCGUCAACCUGCACAGACAAUACGGCCCGAUCGUCGCCCUCUCACCCACAAUGAUCUCCGUCUCCGACUCGCACGAAGUCAAACGCAUCAUCCACACCGAAGACUGGCCCAAGUCCGAAGCCGUGUACGGCAACUUCCGGCAGGACCCAAAGCGACCAACGCUGAUCGCCUUCUCCGACAAGAAGGCCUACAGCCACCGCAAGCGCCUGGUGUCCUCGAUGUUCGGCAUCCGGUACAUCCGCAGCAUGCAACCGCUCAUGCUCGACUGCAUCUCCGUCGCGGUGACCGAGCUCGAAAGACGCUGCCGGUCCGCCCCGAGCGGCACCGUCGAAGUCGACAUGCAGCACAUGAUCCAAGCCCUAGCAGCAGACAUCAUCGGGGUGACGACCUUCGGGCAGACCUUUGACGUGGUGAAAAACGGAUCUCACCCGCUCCCGGACCGACUGAAGAUGGCACUCAAACUGUCCGGCAUCCUGCAAUUCAUGCCCUGGCUAUCGCGCAUCCCGUUCAUCCCACAACGAGACACCUACGUCGACAGCUUCACGGCGGAGAUCGUCGCGAACCGCCGCGCCGCCAUGUCCAGCCAACCCCCCCGCGAGGACCUGCUCCAGAAACUCGUCGAGGCCGCCUCCGACGGCGACGACGACACCUCCCCCUUCCGCUCCUCCGACGUGCAGGACGAAGUCGUCAUCCUCCUCAUCGCAGGCAGCGAGACCACCUCCAACGCCGAGCUCUUCACCCUCAUCAUGCUCCUCAAGAACCCCUCCAAGCUCGCCACCCUCUACAAAGAAAUCGACCACUGGUACCCGCGCCACGACCCCCGCCCCACAGACUGCGAGUACAGCUUCGCCGGCAUGACCUACCUGCAGGCCUGCAUCGACGAGACCAUGCGUCUCGUCCCCGGCCAGGCAACGGGUAGUCCGCGCGAGUCGUUCAACGACGAGACGAUCCUCGGCUACGCCAUCCCCAAGCGCACCACCGUCUUUCCCACCACGCAGCAGGUGCAUCUCGACGAGAGGCUGUGGGCCAAUGCCGCCGAGUUCAUCCCCGAGCGCUGGCUCGACGUGUACACCCAGGGAAAGCAGAACGACAUGCCCUAUUGGCCGUUCUCGGCGGGGAGUCGCGUGUGCAUUGGCAAGCAUUUCGCGUGGCAGGAGAUGCAUCUCUCGUUGGUGUCGCUGCUCCGGAGGUUUCGGUUUGAGUAUGUGAGGGGGCAGGAUGAGGCCACGGUGUUUCGAAUCGCGCAGCAGAUGAGGGGGAAGGAGUAUCGGAUGAAGAUUAGUUUGAGGUGA